GAAGAGCAGUAGUCCAUACGAAGUAGUAUAGCAGUACAUUCUCAGCUCGUACAGUGAAGAACACUAUACCUGCAAUGUCCCCAAAAGCGCGCUCAAUCUCUUCCUACUUCAUCAAGCCAACUGCAGCAACCGCGUCAGCCGCGUCCCAGAAACCUGUCAGCACUGCAGCUAGAGACCUUGCGGCAAGCCCAUCGAAUCAGUCUAAAGAGAACAUUGAGAACGUGUCACCAAAUGCUGAUAAGGGCAGCGCUACGCCCGCCUCUGGGCUAGCCAAAAAAAGAAAACUUGACGAGGCCUCUACGAACGCGACACCAACGGGCAAGAUGGCCAAAGUGACAGAGUCUGCUAGCAACACUCUCUCCUUUAAACCUCUACGCGCGACUUCUAUCGCCCAGUUUCGUGAACGAAUCGCCGGACGCCCAUCGCUUCUCUCCUUGCUGGAACUUGAAAUGUCAUCCAUGGGAGAAGACUGGUUCUUGGCGCUUCAAGAGGAGUUCACAAAGCCUUACUUUGUCAAGCUGAAGGAAUUUAUCACUGCUGAACAACAAAACAAAAAAGUUUUCCCUCCUGCUGGGGACAUUUACUCCUGGUCUAGGUUUUGUCCAUUGAAGGACGUUCGCGUAGUCAUCAUUGGCCAAGACCCUUAUCACGAUGAUGGACAAGCCCAUGGUCUCGCCUUUUCAGUUCGAAAAGGCGUAAGGAUCCCUCCUUCUUUAAGAAAUAUGUACCAAGAGAUGGCCCAAGAGGUCCCUGGAUUUGUUCAGCCGAAACAUGGCGAUCUGACUGAAUGGGCGAAACAUGGCGUAUUACUGCUCAACACUUCCCUUACUGUUCGUGCACACGAGGCUGGCUCUCACGCAAAAGCAGGAUGGGAUCAGUUUACAGCAGCUGUACUCAAGGUCGUCACAAACCGCUUGGCACCUGCUUCUGAAUCAAAUGUCGGUGGAAAUGGAGUCGUCUUCAUGGCAUGGGGAGCCCAUGCAGCAAAGAUGUGUGCUGGCAUCGAUACGAACAAGCACUUGUUGCUUAAAUCCGCACAUCCAAGCCCUCUUUCUGCCAGUCGAGGAUUUUUCGGAAAUGGUCAUUUUAAGAAAGCUAACGGGUGGCUUGAAGAGAGGUAUGGGGCCGGUGGAGGUAUUGACUGGAAGAGUUUGGGCGCUUAAGACGGCGAAUGAGUCUACUCGAAAUGUUCCUUCAAUUGUUACCUCAAAUUUUGAUCACAUGUUUUUCCUUUUGAUUACAUAUUUCUACAUAAUAAAUAAACUGUAUGUGUAUGCACCUGACAACCCUCUCCCCCUAACGGCUG